AUGUCUACUGUGAGCGACCCCGACUUCUCUAACCUGAUGUCUCGAAAUAUGUUCUCUACACUCCAAAUAGAUGAUCUUCUUCGCCGAAGAGGCGACAAGGAUCUUACCACCUUCUCUGCUACCCUUUCGCGCCUCCAUAUUCCUCCAAAUCUCAUCGAUACUUUCCCUCAUCCUCUGUUAAGGGACCCUGAGCACGUAGUUGUUCGACCAGCAUCGGACCUCGAGCCUAACGGCACACCCAAACUGCAACACUCACAACUCCCAUCUUUCCCCUCUGCUACUUUGCGCAUCAAACUCGGAGAAAAGAUCGGUGACGGAAUGACGGGCAUCGUAUAUGAAGCCAUCGCUCUCAGUAUUACGCAUCCCGAUGGGUCCGACGACAACGUGCCCACUGGCUAUCUCCCCCCUCUCGUGGUGAAGGUGGGACGACUCAAUCGCUCUGCAUCUAUGGUGCGCGAGGCUUGGUUCUACGAAGACAUGGAACCUAUUCAAGGGAUAGCUGUUCCCAGAUGUUACGGCUGUUUUGAGUUAAAGGUACCGCGCGGGACUAUCGUCGAACCGUGCUUGCGGAAUUGCACCGAUUAUGACAAUGACUUUGAGGAGCUCAUCGACUUCUCGGAGUACCCUGAGGAGGCACUCUUAGAGACGGGGGUUGAACCUCAUCCGACGUUGACCGAACUCAUUGCCGCUCGUGAUCGUUUGCAUGUCACUAUCUUCGAGCGUCUUGGGCCUGAGCUCGCUCCCGGGAUAGACCACGAAGAGGAAGUACGAGACGAUAUUCAUUCCCUGUUCACCAACAUUUCUAGUCUAGGUGUCCACCUCAAUUCCUCCGUUGCCCGCGAAAACAUUCUUCAAGCGCCAACAUCACCGCCAGGGAUCCCCUCCCAGGUCUCUCCUUACACCAAUAGGACGCACGCAUGGCGAGCUAUUGGCUUCGGUCAAGCAUUCAAGACGCCGUAUCUGCGCUGGAUCACGGAUGCAGAGCAUAAUCAGGAGCUUGGAAGUAUGUUCGGGAAGAUUCCGUAUGAGUGGUGCCCGUCUAGUGACAGUCGCGGGUCCUCCCCGGAUGGUUUCGAUGAGGACUCUGACUGA